AUGGUCGAUGCGUACUCAAAAUGGCUCGAAGUGCAUCCAACGAAUGUGGCAACAUCGAGAGCAACAAUUGAAAAACUUCGAUCAACAUUUGCAAUCCACGGCCUUCCUAAAACAAUUGUUAGUGAUAACGGUAGUAAUUUUUGCAGUGAAGAAUUCGAAGAAUUUCUGGCGAAAAACGGCAUUCACCACAGAAGGACUGCUCCUUAUCAUCCAGCCUCCAAUGGACUUGCAGAACGGGCGAUCCAGACGUUUAAGGAAGGAUGA